CAGCCGGCGGUGAAGACAAGCAAAGCAAGCCAGAUCCGGCUUUUCCAGCAGGGGGGAAGAUUUCUGGGUUCUAGGUGUGUUCUAGAGCAAGAAAGGAAGGAGAAAACCAAGCUUAUCUCACCGGUUUCUCAAAGUUUGGUUGGGUUCCCCUUUUUUUUUUCUUUCGAGUGGCUGCAACGGGAAGAAAGAAGAAAAAGAGCAGAAUCGAGCAAGGCUGGGAAGAAAAGAAAGAAAGAAAAAGAAAAAGAAAAAGAAAAGAAGUCAUCCUUAUCCAAAAUCUUUCUCUCUUUAAGUCCCUCAACUUUCAAAAUGUUGGCCAUCAAGCCCCAAAACAAUCUUUUGUCACAAUCAAGUCCUUAACUUACACUUAAAUAUUCCCAAAAAUUUGGGAUAUUACACAACCAGUUAAGGUGAUCCAAGAUAAGAGAUUGGCUUAGCCAUUAAGUCUUUGUGGAUCCACUUUGAGAUCCCCUCAUGGGUGUCAUGCACAAUAUAUGGCAAAUAUGGGUGCGAUUGCCUCUCUUGUGAUGUCUGUGACUAUUAAUGAAGAUGAUGAGAUGAUGAUGAUGUGGACAGGGAUCAAGAGAAGGCCAGAAGACCGUGGGGCUUGGUGUGAUGGAGCUGCACUUUACUACAAAGAUAAGCUUUGGCUUCUAGGUGUUACCCCAAUGGAGGUACAAAUUCGAGAGUUAGCUCAGUGGCUUCUUGAAUACCACGGUGGGAGUACAGGUUUAAGUACCGAUAGCCUCAUGGAAGCUGGCUAUCUAGCUAAGGAGAUCAAAUGGGGUGGCGCAAAACAUGAUCCUGAUGACAAGGAUGAUGGAAGAAAGAUGCACCCAACAUCAUCAUUCAAGGCUUUCCUUGAAGUUGUGGACUAUGCCAAUGCAGUAGUGAAUGUUCCAUCUGUGGAUGAUAGGAUUCAGAGGGUAGAUGAAUUGCAUAUUGUUACAAAUGAAAUGAUAGGUCUUACUGUUGAGCAAGCCAUUGGCAUGCCUUUUGCUGAUCUUGUUGAAGACGAGUCAACUGAUAUAGUUAAAAACAUGCUAUCUUUGGCUUUACAAGGGAUAGAAGAACGUACUGUUGAAAUCAAAUUAAGGAAAUUUGGUUGUCAAGAAACCAUGAGGAAAUUUGAUUGGCAAGAAAACAAUGGCCCUAUCAUUGUUGUAGUUAAUGCAUGUUGUAGUCGAGACCUGAAGGACAAUGUUAUUGGGGUUUGCUUGGUUGGGCAAGAUGUCACAGGGCAAAAGGUGGUCAUGGAAAGAUACAACCACAUGCAAGGGAAAUAUGUUAAAGCAUUACUUUCAGCAAAUAAAAGAAUUGAUGCUGAGGGAAGGAUCAUUGGAGUUUUGUGCUUUCUGCAUGUUGCUAGUCCAGAACUUCAAUAUGCCCUUCAGGUGCAAAGGUUGUCAGAACAGGCUGCGGCCAAUAGCCUCAAUAAGCUGGCAUACAUUCGUCAGGAACUCAAGAAGCCUCUAAAUGGGAUUGUGCUUAUGCAGGAUUUAUUGGGCUCUUCUGAAUUGGAUAAAGAGCAGAAAAAGCUUCUAAAGACAAGCAUAAUGUGUCAGGAACAGUUAACCAAGAUUGUCAAUGACAAAGACGUUUAGAGUAUUGAGGAAUGGUGAAUUCUUCUCUCAGAUGUUCAAGGGUUUCUGGUAAUGAAGAAACCUGAAAAGUUUAAGUGAAGAUUUUCAUAUUCUUGUGACAUGUAAUUGUUGUAUUAUUCUUCAGCUUAUUGUACCUUCUACUAAGAUAAUAUCUAAUCCCUCUCCGCUGAAUGGGAGAAAGCAGAUAUUGUUCAGUAAAACCACUGUAUCAUG